GUCCGCUGCGUCAACCCGCUGGUUACCUGUGACUACUGCGACCCUCGAUUUACCUCGUCAUUGCAUUCAUUGCCUUUGCCCUUCCGUAUUUCCACGUGUGUCAUUUCUUCGCAUUUCCAUCACCUUUCCUGCUUCCUCCCGAAUUUCCUACUGUCUGUUGUUGCAUAGAAAAGGUUUGUGUGUUGCUGCGCGGAACUGCGUGCACUGCUACCAUUUCUGCUCUGCCUCCGCCUCCGCCUGGAGAUUGAGUUAAUCGCGCGACAGAAUCGGACUGCCACUUGAACUCCUCGAUUGCGACGCGUCACCGCAUUCAUCCCAUCUGCUUCUUCACAUAUGCCCAUCAAGAGCACGCUGCGAUCGCGAUUUUCCCGUCGUCAUUCAGGAGUUCAAUGUGCACCGAGGCGUGAAGAAAGAUCCCCCAAGAUAGCGAUAGCCGCCCAGUUUGCGACCGCUGCAGUUGCAGUCCUCGAGCCCUCGACGCCGCGGUGAAUGCGACGAGACAUCACUCCCUCGAAUCCCUCUCCUUUCACCUCCACCUCCGUCUCUCUCUAUUCCUUUCUACAUUUCCCCUCGAACGGAUGGCUGCUCGGUCGUCGGUUCCAAUCCACCCCAACGCUCCCCUCUCCACUCGUCAAUUGCGCCAUGAAGCUCAGAACGAUCGUCCUAAACUGCCCAGAGGUGGUUGCAAUUAUACAAAUCUGUGUGCCGUGGGGGCUCCAAAGUGCGGAUGUCGAAGAUACUGGGAUAAAGAAUUGUGUGCGGUGGAUGAGAGAGGGGUUGUGAGCAAGUCGGCCAUGUGUAUGUGUGAGCAUCAUGCUUGCUUUCACGAUGAUGAGCCCGAGGAAAGUCGUCAUGGCCGCGCUCAACCCGAGUUAUCUAGCCAUCCAGCGCGCUCGACGACUCCCAAGCAGCAAUACUUGGAGCCGAUUCCUAGGAGGCCUUCAAUUUCCGAGGCAUCAACUCACCGAGUUGCGCGAGAUUCGACGCUCCCAGACACGGUCCAAUGGAGUCGGUUUAUUCAUCAUUCUGGCUCUCCCGAAGCCCUCCCUGCCAUUCCAUCCCAGUGUCUUCUCCCGUCGGAGAAUGGAUCUUGGACUACGACUGACAGUCAACCCAAGUAUCACCUCCCCUUUGGCGGCCAAGGACUGAAUACGCUUAGCCAUAUACCCAGACGGGCUUUGGGAGAAAUUGCGGAACCCAAGUCUGCUCAGCCUUUGGUAGAGAACACGCGGGCGAUAGGGAAUGGACGAGAGAUGCAGGUCUAUACCGAUGCCAAUGGAAAUAUGGGAUUGCAGAGUAUCACUGAACUUGCGACGCCGAGUCUAGCUACUUCGGUGGAUCACGAGGCUGCCGAGUACGGUAAGAGUGUUGCAGAGUUCCAAGCGACACUCGAGGAGCUCUCCAGAAGUAAUCCCCAAGCAGCGGCAUCAAUCACAAGAUGUAUCAAGGAAGGCUCCGUGAUUGAUUCUUCAGUUAUCUUGAAGCGAUCAAAUUCACCAGCAGCUGGAGACUCGUCCACUGCCAAGCUUGAUGACCAUCUAUUCUUCAGGCUUCAAAGCAUUGCUAUUCGAUUGGCCAGGUUACCACAUACUAUGGAAAAUCACGAAAAACGGUUGGAUGCCUUGGAGAAUGCUUCUUUUACCUUUUCCGCCGUGGAAGAACUUCAAGAAGACCACAAGAUUGUAGAUGUGAGAGUUGGUGAGUUGGAAGCGAAGAAUGACACUCUAGAGAGUAGGGUCCUGGAUCUUGAAAAGGGUCAGCUUGCUCUAGACGCGGCUAGUGUGGGCAGCAGCCAUGAUGUUGCAGCUUCCAUCGAUUCUAGGGUAUCAACUGUCACGUCAGUUCACAGGGCGGACCUUGAAGCGCUCAAGGAAGAAGUGGCGGAACUUCGUUCAUUGGCACCACCAUCUCAUGCUCGUCCUUGGGAGGUCGAGGUUGUAUUCUUGCCAUUUGGAUAUGAUUUGAAAGGAGUGUGGCGUCUGAAUCAUGAAAUGAGUCAACAUUCCAGAGCCAACAGUUCUGGGGAGACACGGACUCAGAAUCAGUCGAUGGCUGCUGCUCAGGCCAUGCUUACUGCCCCUGAUCAAGUAUUGGCCUGGGAACGUUCUGGUACGUCCAACCUUUUUAAGCUAUUCUUGAAUUUCUUUUUAAUUUCUUUUUUUUAUUAAUUUCUUUUUCUUUUUUCGAUUUGCAACAGUAAAUGUGUGGUCUGAACACCAUGACAUGUUGCUUCAUAAUUGGAGGGUUGCUUUUCGCAACAUUGUACAUUUUGAUUCAACAUGUUAUAUUUUUCUUGCAAUCUGAAUGACUUAUAUCAUUUCGAAUGCCUCAAUAACACUACAACAACAUCCCGAGAGUUCGGAUGAGGUAGUGUUACUUAGCUUUCAGGAAACCUUUAAUAUCAUGUUGGCGUAUUGAAACAUGUCGUCCCCCCCAUGCUCCUCCUUGUCAUCACAAGGGGACGCAGAAUUUCAUUCUCCGAAUAUUCCAAUGCUUCAUCAGUUUUGUUACUGGGGUGUUUUGGGUCAAAUACCAGUCUCGUUGUAUGAAUGGAGCCACAAAGCUGGGGCAUUGCUAUCAUGAAUGAUUCACGAGUUCCUGUACCUCUGCUGCUAUAUUUCAACACAACCCACCCAAUUUUUAUAUCCUUGCAUUAAUUAUCUGAAGGACAAUACUAAUGUGCAACAGGCCCCGAUUUUGAUGAUCCGAUUGAAGUAUCUUGGCUGAAUGCGAGGGCAUGCAGUCGUGGGAGCAUAAUGGAUCAACGACUUCGAAGUCGUGGACUUGUGAAACAGAUACAAGUCUUCGGCCCGGAUGCUAUAGAUGUUCAAACAGCCAUCAUGACUGCUUUUGGGAACCUCCCAGAUUUACUCGUGGACGAUCCAUACACCCCACGCGAUGACGAGAAGAGAUAUGUACCAAAUUCGUCCACCAAUUAUCUCGGACUACAGGCUUCUUGGAUUCCUCUCAGAAAGUUGCAUAAAAACUCUUCGCUUCGAUUUCUUAGUACCUCCGAGAUGCUUACCCCCGCUUUAUGGACAGUUCAAUUUCUUGCUACCAGUGUUGCCAUGAGAACGAAAGGACUCAGAAGGCUUUAUGUGACCCAUAGGGACGGCUACAUUCAGCAACAUGGAGAUCCUACGGAUUGGACUUGGCAGAAGUUGCGACAAUUGCCCAGGGUUUAUUAUCCUGACCAAAUGGACCCUUCUUUGACAGACCAUACACCAGAAGCAGAUGCUGAAGAGCCAUGCUGGGCAUUCGAUGCAUAUUAUGAUCCUCCGCCUCUCUUGGAUGUCAAUACUUCUUUUGCAUCACAGGUCUCUGAGCUGAGCAUCCGCUCGCUUCGUUAUGAGGAACCACCCGUCUCACCCUCCGAUCACUUCUCCUCCGCCCCUCUCUCCCCCAUCGAAUCAUCAACUCCAGUUUCAAGAGCCCCGCCUGUAAGAAGACCAGCCUCACCAGUGAUGGAGCGUAAUCCGUUUCGUCCAUUGCAUAUUCGUACAAUAUCUAUGCCUACCUCGGUUCGCCUAAAGUCUCCUGCACCAUCGAGUAAACGUCGUAUCGGCUCCUUUGAACAAGAAGUGCCCUCUUCGCCCAGUCGAGCAACUUCUACGUCAACCAAUACGGUUCUCAAACGUCGUCGUAUCUCGAGAUCUCCCAGUCGUGCUGCUAUCAAUACACCUCGUUGGAGUGCUGCCCCGUCUAGUCCUUAUGCGUACGUGGAGGAAACUACAAGCAAGCGAGCAACUACUCCCUUUGCAUAUGCCACUCCACAUAGCAAUGCGCCAUAUGUGGAUACGAGACCUAAAGGUGCUGCGGAAAUCGAGAUAUACCAGGAUCGAUUCGAGGACAGCGAUGAUGGGGGGGACUUUGGCAGUGCCACCAAUGAAUUUGAAGAAGACGACAGCGGUGGCGAGAUACUUGGCGGGAGUGACGCUGAUCGUGAGUCAUCGGACCCGGAUGAUAUCCAACCUGAUGAGGAAUGGCAGGGGGUAGAAGAUAGACGUGAGGGUACGGAGUACGAGGGGCACUCGCGUGCAACUCCCAGUUUUGGUCUUGGCCUCGGUCUGUUGGAACGCGUUGAUUCGAUGCAGCGGGAUGACGAUGAGGAUGUCCUGAGUGAUGCUAGUAGUGGCCCUUCGGAGUAUAUGUUCGAUACGCAAUCCAAGAUGAAGAAGGCGAAGAAAGAGAGGGCUCGUGCGAGGGCUUUGGCAGGGUUUGAAAUCCACGUUGAUGAGGAGUGAUGGGGUAUUUGGGAGUGCAUGGCGGGUGGUUGUAUGAUGGGUUGGAAUCUUUUCUGCUUCUUUUCUUCUGUUGGUUUUCAGGUUCUUUGGGAUUAUGUACCAUUUAUGGCGAGCGUUGGUGUUGGCGUUUUGGAUUAUGCUACAAGAUAGACAAAGUUCGCCACGAUUUCUGGGGGUUUCUUAUAGGAGGGCCUUAUCGAGUACUAGCGUUUGGUUUUGAAAGAUUAAAUGGCCACUGUGAGGAUUCCUGCAGUCAUGAUGU